AAAAAAGGGCCACCGCAUCUCCGAGAGUCUCUGUCCUGCUUUCAACCCCCUGUUCGUUCGGUACCAUGAACACUUAGACAGCAGAAUGGUGCCAACUGCAGGUGGGAAGCGAGUGGCGCUGCUGGGCUGGUGCCAGGAGUUUUGAACCAUUUCAGACAUAGUGCUGUGGCCUUCACCUUAUAUUUCUUUUGGCUACUGCAUUUUAAUUGCAGCUAAAAGCGAUGACAAAAAGGAGCAAGUGGCCUUCUGCUUUAGAUAAGUGGUCCUGUCAUCCACAUUUUAACAAAGCUAAUUCAGAGUUCUUUGAUGAUCCUCAGCUUUGCAGCACUAGGUGGGGCUUUUUACAUGGGACUUUAUCCCUGCUAUCGGAGGUAUCCUUAACCAGAACCCCAAAACAGUUUGCAAAGACUCAAAUGCAUAAGGGUGCUUGUACAAACGUGCCCAUCUGCCAAUUAACAACAGGAUAUUUUUUUUUGGCCAGAUUACCCACAUGAUUUUUGGCUCAGAAGCUUCAUGAGGUGGGGUGGGGGGGUAUUCCUUUAAAGACAUGACCUUACAUAUAGUCACUGCCACAGUUUCCUCAGUGAGCAAAGCCUCGCAACGAAGCAAGUUCAGAGGAUAUUUCCAUUCAGCUGCUGUUAACAGUAUAGUUUCUAUUCUCUAAGUCAAGAAUAUCUAGAAAAUGAGGAUUGGAGCUUUCAUAUCAGGUAAGGAUCUCCUUUGGGCCAACCAGCUAUGCCUAAACAUGCUUGUUUCUUGGCAUUUUGGCCUGCUCACAGCUCACUGCAGACCACCAGACUACAUAUAUUAAUUGAUCACCGAACUUACCAUUUUCUUGACAUUAAAUGUUUUAGUUCUGGGGCUGGGGAUUUAGCUCAGCGGCAUAAGCACCUGCCUUGCAAACAGGCGGUCAUGAGUUCGAUCCCCGGUAUCGAUAAAAAUGAAAAAGACAAAAAAAAAAAAAAAAAAAGUUUUAGUUCCAAGGCUGUAUCCUAAUCGGCCACCUUUUGAGCAUCUCUCAGAGCCUUCUAUUUCCUUUAGCUCCAUUUAUAGAUUGCCUCUUAAUUUGAGCUGUUUGGUAAAGGGCGAAAAGCAUUUGUUCUUUAUUGAGUUGGUUUUUAUGUUUUGUUUGUUUUCUGAGACAGGGUUUCUCUCGCUGUGUAGUUCAGGCUGGCCUUGAACUCACUGUGCAGCCCAGGCUGGCCUCAAACCUACAACAGUUCUGCCUUGGCUUCCUAAGUGCUGGGAUUACAGGUAUGCAGCACCACGCCUAGCUAUCACAGAUUUAAAUUUUAAAUUUUUUUUUUUUUUUCUUUUUAUCGGUACCGGGGAUUGAACUCAUGACCGCCUGCUUGUAAGGCAGGUACUUAUGCCACAGAGCUAAAUCUCCAGCCCCCACAGAUUUAAAUUUUAAAAGGCACUGAAUUGCAAGAGCUCAGACAAUGGCAGGAACAGAAGUGUCUUGCCUCCCACUUCUACCCAUUUUUUCUUCCUCAAUGGCCACCUUCUUCCUCCUGUCCUUUUUGGUCUCCUCUCUCCACAUCUGCUACUGAGGUUCUCCUGGCCUAGCCUUCAGUCCUGUCACCUGCCUCGUGGCUUGUCACUUGGUUCCUCUGCCCCACCUCUCGAUCUUUUGCUUGACCCAUCCCUCCUUCUCCUCUUCCUCUCCUGGUCUCAUUCUCCUCAGUCCAGUCUCACUGUACACUCCCUUGGCCAACAGCAGGUGGCAUCAUGGGGAGAGACAUGCAAGGCGUAGGGCAGUGGCUGCAGCCAGGCAUCUCCUGUGUUUCUGGCUUCCCCACACUCCAGCAUUUCUCUUCUCUGAUUUGCUUGCUUGCUUAUUUUUUGACUUUUUUGUUUUUUUCCUUCUUGGCACAGAUCUGCCCUUCUGCAUGUCCUGUCAUUUAGUCAGCAAUCUCUUAGCUUCCUCUUUGCUCUGGGUCAUCCCUCUGUGCACAUCAUUUUGCACACCCUUACCCUUUCCUGCAUUUGGCCACCUCUUUCCUGGCUCUGCCCACCCAUCCAGUUAUAAAAGCCAAGGUACAGGGAGCAGAGAGCAGAUGACAGCAACAGUUUCUCAAGGACCUACCAUGUGUCACUGUACCAAGCAGCAAGAGCACAGCAGUGAGCAAAGCAGACCAGCCAGCCCGUCCUCAGGGGCGCCUCUCCAUAGUGGAGGGAGACAGACAGUGGGUGAGAUAAACAAAGGAGGUAGAAAGCAAGGCCAGAAAUGGAGGCGAGGCUCAGAGUGCCGAGUCCGGGUAAGUUGUCCAUAGAUGACCUUGCCAAGAAAGGUCCAAGAGGGUGAAGGAGACCCACAGAAGUAUCUGGAGGAGCAUCCCAGGUAAGAGAAAUAGCAGGUGUGACGGUCCAAGGGUGAAGGUGAAUCCUCAGGGGUGAGGAAGAGCUAGGGUUCAUGUGGCCAGAGCGGAGAUGCGCAUGGUGGUGCACACCUAUAAUCCCAGCACUCAGUAAGCUGAAGCAGGAGGAAGCUGCAAGUUCAAAGUCAGGCUGGGCUACAUGGUGAGACCCUCUAAAGGGGUGGGGGAGAUUAGUAAGAGAGGCGGUCCUGAGUAGGGUAGCCACAGACUUUCCCUGAAGCCCUUUCAGCUUUGUGGUUUUUUCUGUUUUGUUUAGGUUGGUUUUGAGGUGCUAGUACUGAAACCAGGGGCUUCACUUGGAGCUACAUCCCCAGCCCUUUUUAAAAUGUUUUAUUUUGAGCCAGCCUUACUAAGUUAGCCCAAAGUGAAUUUGAACUUAUGAUCCUGCAGCCUCAGCCUCUUAGGGUGCUGGGCUUACAGACAUGACUGGGUUUCCCUUGUUUUUGGAAAAUGCUUAGGGGCCAAAAUGAUACGUGCAAUAAGUAGGAAAUGCAUAUAACCAUGCUCAGCCAUAUUUUCCCCCUCAAUCAAAAGAAAGCUGUGAGCCCCAUCCCUUUUCACCUACUCCACCCCUACUUGGCUUUGAUUUCUGCAUGUCCUCACCGUUCCUCUUUGGCAGCAAAAAUAAAGAGGAAAGCAAAUGUGUGAAUCUGUCCGCAGUCCACCCACCUACUGUCCCUUUGUCUGAGAGGGUCACUGAGUGAGUGCUGCCUGCCACCUGCCUGUGGCUCUCGCCAGCAGCUUGCCACAGUGGAGGAUAGCUGCCACAUGGGAAAGUUGAUCUAUUCUAGGAAUAAGUUGGGGGAUGGGCCAUGUGACCUGUACAAAAUCAGGUAGGCUCCUGCAGUUUUUGAGCAGAAAUUCUGACUCUGAGCUGGAAUUUCUAUGACUGGGGUAGGGGGUGGGCUGUGAGCCAGUCUUGCCUCCCUGCCCUCUGGUGCUCUCCACAGCCCCAGCAGCAAGCCUGGCUGUGUCCUCCACAGGCUCGUGCUGCAGUCACAUGCAGCAGCCUCCCUGCAGUCUGCAGCACCCAGACUUAAUGCACCACUCUGCUUGGAGCCAAAGCUCCAGGCAGGGGUUGGGAAUCUGCUGGCUUCUUACUGUCCCCAGACUGUCUCUGCUAUGCUGGCCAUUUGGGGCUGCCUGAGUUCACUGGAGGGAGGUGGCAUGCAGACCCUCCCUUAGCGUUUGAUAGGGGUCAGCCCUGGGUCCGUCCCACAGUUCUUCCCAGUGCCUCAAUAGGUCUGUGCCACCCCUGCAAGUGACCUUCUGCAGUCCCCAGGGAACAUAGAGUGGCAGUAUUAGUUGCCCUCUGUUUGCUUUAGUUUGGAAAGUCAUUUUCCAUUCAGAGCUUGUCUUGAUUUUACAGCCACCUUGUGAAACAGGGAGGCAAGCUAUUGUUGUCCCUCUCUGGGGGGAUUUGGCUCUGAGUCUCCUGAGUCCCAGCCAAGAUCCUGUUUACUACCUUGGAAGGCCCUCCAUGAAAUAUUUUGAACAUUUGCUGAAGACUAUUAUAGCUUAUUUUCCCCAAAAUAAGUGUAGAAGCAAAAGCCUUCCAAGUAGAGGAUUAUUUGAGUUGCAAACUUGGGUGCCCAUAUAUAGACAUGAACCCCAGCUUGUGGGACCUGUGAAGAAGUUUCUUGGAGCCCCACUGAUUUUCUGGGACCACCUCCCACCUCCCUGUGCAGCCUCAGCACUUUCUGAGGAUGAGAGGAGGGCGCUGCCCCCAGGGACGAGUGCCCUGGCUGCACCUGUGCAUGUACACGUGUAACAGGAAUUACAGCAAAUUUAACGUACAUAGCAAAGGCAGAUUCCCAGUCUGCCCUCUACUGUGACUCCAAGAUUGCCACUAAGAAACAAAUGCAUGAUCCCUCCACAUCUUUGUUAUUACCAUAUUUUAUUUUAUUACAUUACAUAAUAACGUGUAUAUAUGCAGAUAGUUUUAGUCAUCUGCCCUGGACCCACUCAUGUGAGUACUUACAGAUCCCUUCCCUUCUGACAGGGACAGUGACGUGUCUUCUGUUGUGAAUUACACUUUGGUUAAACCUUUGUCUGUGGAUGGUUAGUUGUUCCUUAGUUCCAAUGAUUCCCAAAUAUAAUUUUGCAUAUUCAAGUGCUUCUAUAAAACAAGUCUUGGGAAGUUGGAAUCCUGGAUCAAAUGGAUAAGAAUACUUUAAAUAUUAUUUACCAAAAUAUCCCCAAUCUACACUCCUCCAAGCCUCAGCUGACAUUGCUUUAAUACUCAUAAAAUAUAGGCUCAUUCUCUAAAACAAGAGUGUUGAUACAUCCUUUAAAUAAUUCAGAAAUAGGAAAUUUUCAGAGCCUGGAGUUGUCUGUGUACCAAAACUCCCAAUGGGGGCACCUGACACAUUUUGUACUUCGGCAGCCCUGGCCCAACUAGAGGUUCCAGUGGCUUCCAGGAACUGUGGAAAGAAGCUGGGCUCAGCCUGUAAACCUCAGGAUAUGGUGGUGUUGCUCUUUGUCGCUAUACAUAGUAAUCAUGGUGGCAGUUACACUACAGAGAGCUUAUUAUGCCUUUCUGUGCACUUGAUACAUAUUAAACACUGAAUCCUCACACACAGCCCUGUGAGAUAGGUAUCAUUAUUACCCCUGUUUUACAGAUGGGAAAACUGAGGCUAAUUACUUGCUCCAGAUAACAUAGCUAAUAAGCAGACAAACCAGUAUUUGGGCCCAGGCAGUCUGGCUCCAAAGGCUGUGCUUUUAACCACGGGGCUUUGCUGCUACCCAAUACGUACUCUGUUUCCAAACCGUAAACAUGUGUUCUUAGUGUGAGGAUAAAGAAGGUGGUAAUCUGCUUAUUUAAAUGGACCACCUAUGUCAGGCUAAGCUUCACCCCAAAUUCCCUCAAAAUAGUGUCCUCUUACAUCAAAACACAACCUCUGACAGCAGAAUUCGUUACAGAUACUGUGUUUGGUCAUGUAGUUCACCACAGGCUCCCGUGCCCCAGCCCACCUGCUCUGUGCUUUGCUGUUGCUCCGCUUUCCCCGCUGCCCUCUUCCUUCUGCUCCUCCUCCUCCUCUCUUUCAUUGUCCUCCUUGUCUCUUUGUCUUUCCUGGGAUUUUGCCCUUAGCUGCAUCCUCCUUGCUCUGAGCUUUUGCUGUGGGCUGCAUCCUGAGCCAUUUUGUAUUUUCAUUUUGAGUAAGCGUCUCCAUAAAUUACCCAACUAUAGCCUUCAACUAUCCUCUGCUGCCUGGGUCUCCCAGAGUGCUGGGAUUACAGUUGUGCGGCAGCUUUUAUUCCUUCGUGGGGUGGCCAAGACAUCUAAGGGCUACCUUCCUGGGGACAGGAGGCAGCGGGCCACUCACAAAUGUGCAACAUAGAAAAUGUAGCAAGUCAGCCAGGCAGGGUUCCCGUGAACUCCAACCAAGGGCCAGAAAUGUCUGUUUUGAAGGUGGUAGUUGCUCUAACCCUUUGCUAUCCUGUGAGCAGACCUUCAGCUCUUAGAUUUCGUUUUCAGAAUAGCAGCAUAUCAUUUUGAGCUGUAAUUUCCUGUGAGAAGCCCAAAGCAUAUACACAUUAAUAUCCCUGAUCCCAUACCAUUCUUUCAGAGGGGAAAAACAGGCCAGAUGAAUAGUCCUCUUUUGAGGAAGGGAAAAAUAAGGUCCAGAGAGGUAAUGGAAAACAAAUAGAGGUAAUAGAAAACAAAGAGUCCAGAUGGGAGCGGUGAGUGCAGGUGAGCAGAGAAGCUUCCUGAGCUGCAGAGGGGCUGAGGCCAGUUGGUCAGGAGAGGGCAAUUUGGAGAGCGGUUGUGGAGCCUUGCUGGUGUGUCUCUGCUGGGGAACUGGGGAAGUUACCAAGCCUUUGAGUUGCUUAUUAAAUGACGUAGAUCUCACCUGCACUUUCUGCCUUAUGAGCUGAAGAUAGCUGGCAGCGGGACUGGGUGGGGCUUCUCUGCUGUGCAGCCCUGGUCCUCACACGCACAGGUGGCCACCUGGCGCUGGGGAGAACAAAGCGCCUGCUCUGCACUGCCAGAGUCUGGAAGAGCCUCCCCCACCCCACCCAUGUGUACACACUUUAAUUGGACCACACACCACUUUCAAAACUUCAAAAUCCAUGGCGAGCAGUGAAUCCUAGAGCAAGUCCAGCCUCAAAGUAAGCUGAUUUAACUAAGAGAAUAAUAAUGGUGGCACUUUAGAGCCGGGGUGAGCCUUUUCCCCAAAAGGUGUUGAUCAGCAAUUUCAAGAAAAUAAGGCUGUAGCUGAAUGUAAUGGUGCGUGGCAGUAUCUGGCAUAUAGCAGGCUGAGGCAGGAGGAUCAUGAUGGAGGCCAGCUUGGGCAACUUGGUGAAAUCCUUUCUGAAAAACAAAAACAAAAAAUCAUCAAGAGCAGGGUUGUCUGAGAGCUGUGAGAACCCUGUGCCCCAGAAGUGUUACUCAGGCCCCUCUUGAGGCUCUGGAGAGAACUUCCCCAUCCCCUGAGUCAGGAAGGCCCCUAAAAUGUAGACAUUCCAUGAUUGCAAAGCUAACCCACGGUGUUUGUGCAGCUGUGUUCUCCCACGGCAAGGGCUAACUGCUUUAGUUUUGCUUUUUCUCAAUUCUCUAGGAGGAAAAAACAGGUAUCAUCUUUGCCAAUAAAAAGAUCAUUGAAAUCCCCAUCCUGGCGCAUUGGAGAGACUGGGGAUUGACUUUGCCCUGUCCUCUGGCCUAGCUUCUUAAUUUUUAGUUCAAAUCUGCAUCCUUUAUCUUUUUGCUUUCUCCCUUCUGGCUUGCUAGCUCAUUUGUUCAUUUUUUAAGUUUUUAAGGUCGGCUCAUUUCAAACAGGUGCAUACACCAGGGAGCUGCUCUUCUCCUAUGCCAUGGGGCUGGCGCCUUUGCUGGCUUCUCUGUGCCAGAAAUGCACGUGCAGAUCUCAGCCAAGGAGAACCCUAGGGGUAUGCGCUCAACCUGGAUGCAUAAUCGAGUCACCCCGGAACUGUAAAAUAGUGAAGCCUGGGGCCCACCCCAGUGAGUCCCUAAAUGGAUCUGGGAUGUGUUCCAGGCAUUAGAGAUUUUUUUAAAAGCUCCCCAAAUUUUAAAAGUCUAAUGUACAAUAGCUAAGUGUGAGAAUCACUGAUUGGCUUGUGUUUUUGCAGGAGCAUGUCCUAGCACCCCCAAAAAUCUAUGAGUAGCACACACUUUGGGGAGAUCCCUCCCCAUACAGUCAUUGAUAAGAAUGUUCAGUCCUCAGCUCUUCUCUCUAAAUGCUUUUAUGGGGCUGGUGUUGUAGUGCUAAGGCCCUGGGUUUGACCCCUGCACUUCAAAAACAAACAAACAAAUACUUUUAUGGAGGGCCCAGCUUUGAGCCUCCUUUGUGACAGUGACAAAUGAUAUCUUUAAUCAAGAAAGACGACAGAAAGCAGAAGUGCCAGCACAUUGAAGAGUUGUGGUUGAUAACACUGUAAAAGGAGGCAAAGGAAUUCAGAGCAGCAGUAUUUAAGCUGUUUGUUCCCCGCUGCUGAUCUGGCAACUGGGACCCUAGACGAGAUUGUGUUCAGCCACACUUUGGGUGUGUGCAUGCUGUGCGUGUGUGCCACUUGGUGUCACAGUGAGUUACGUCCAGUGAGUAUGGAUGUGUAACGAGGGUGCUGCCCUGAGGAAGGCUUAAGUUCUCCUUGCCUUGGGCAGAGGGCACUGGUGCCCCCACCACAGUUACUGGAAAUGCUUUCUUAGAGGAAAGCGACUCCUUCCCUUGUUCAGUAUCACCAGGCCUGGGCGAGGUGGGCAGUGGGGUGGAAGGCAGCCGGUGCGAGCCACACCGAGUACUUUUUUUAAUUCACUCAAAGGUGCUGGAGGAGCUGGUGUAGCUCUGGGGGCUCCCUCACCCGCUAAGUUCCCUCAAAGGCACAGAGGGUUGUCAGCAAAGCCACUCCAAGUUUUGUCUGCCAUCAAUCUUAUGCUCUGGCCCUCGCCAUUUAAUUUACUGCUUAAAAUUGUGAAUUUAAAUGGCUAAAACCAUCUACAGCCAUACCACCCUAAACACACCUGAUUGCAUCUGAAAUGGCCAGAACUUUUCCCCAUAAAUUUUCCCCAUGUUUUAUGUAGGCUAAAUUACAGUCAGCCUCAAGCUGGAAGGAAAUUUUGUGAAAUCAGAAUUCAGACCAUUUAAAAAUACCUCGCCAUUACAAAAUUAUAUUUAUGAACAGAAAAUGCAGAGAAUUCAGGAAAAAAGGUACAGAAAGCUCUAUUGUUCUAUCCAAAUCUUAAUAUGAGGCCUAAUAAUAUUAAAUAUGAUCUUAAUAUCCAAUCUGAGUUAGGAGAAUUUUCUCUUGCCUUUUGACUUGUAGGAAUUUUGUUUUGUUUUGAGACAGGGUCUCCCUGUGUAGUUCAGGAUGGCCUUUAGUUAGCCUAGGCUGGCCUCAAACUCUUGGUGAUCCUCCUGCCUCAGCCUCCUGAGUACCAGGAUUACAGGCAUGUGCCACUAUGCCCAGAAACUCAUAGAAUUCUAAAGAAAACAACAGAACCUUAGUCUUCAUAUGUAACAGUUUUGUGACCUGUGUACUUACUUGACAAAGCAUCAUAGUGUUUUUGGCACAUUUGUACACUGUCUCCAUGAACAUACAUUUUAGUAGCUACACAGGAUUCCUUGAAGAAGGCUGAGUAAGGCUGAUGGAUGCAUUCUAGAUGUUUCCCACAUUCACCUAGGAAAGGAGAGACAGGAAAGGUGGUAGAGAAGAGCUUUUCCUUUUGAGGAUUCCAGGAACAGCACCCCUAGUCUGGUUAUCAGUCCAGUGUGGCCUCUUGUCCUGAGCAAGGCAGCAUCCACACCCCCAGUCCUUGUGCGGAGCAGAGUAGAAGCCCCUUCAUUUCAAAUGAAAAGGCCCCCCAUCCCACCCCCAGGAAAAGGGCUGGAAUGAAAUCGAGCCCCUGGAACUGCGUCUGGGAAGGCCCUCAAACCUGCUUCUUCAAACCUGGCAUCUGGACAUGGGGCUGACUGCUAGCACUCGGCAGCAGGAGGGAAAGUGAGGAGUGGGUGACUGUUUGCCAGAGCUGCCUUCCUGGAGUCCAGGCACACGCGUCCUACCUUGAACUAUGUAUUAACUAGUACUGCAGUUUAAGCUCCUUGAAGAAAAAGCCUUAGUCAGCACCGGGAACAUAACGGCUACUAUUUGGAAGCCAUUUUAUGUACACGGGUUUUGCUGAUUGAAGACAAGGUCCUGCUUGCUGUGGUGCCGAGGUUGGUGCUGAAUUCUUGAACUCAAGCAAUUCUCCUGCCUCAGCCUCCCUAAAUAGUUGGGAUUAUUGGUGAACAGUAUAGAAGCCAUUUUAUUUGUAAUCUUACUUAUUGUUAUUUGUCUAUCUACAGUACUGCAGCCAGUCAAACUCAGGAAUAUUUUACUUCUGAGCCACAUCCCCAGUCAUUUUGGGGCUGGUAUUAAGGAUUGAACCCAGGACCUGCUGACCGAGCUUUUUUUUAAUUUUUCAUUUUGCUGAGUCACUAAGUUGCUCAGGCCGGGCUUGAACUUGGAAUCCUCUUGCUGCAGCCUCUCUCAGAGCACUGGUAUUACAGGAAUGUGCCACAGUGGCCAGUUUGGAAACCACUUUAAAUCCAUCUUCAUUCACACGAAAAGGUGGUAAUGGUGGUCAGCCCAGGAGACGUUGAUGGCAUGAAACCUGGAAGGACAAAGGAAGCCAGGACAGCCCCGCUGCUGUCCCUCAGUCUGGGUGUGCUAGAAGUCACAGACUGGGUGCCUGGAGGAGCACUGAAGCUUGCGGGCAGUGGGUGAGGAGCGACCUGAGGGCCAAGCUGAUGGCCCCAGCCACCCUGUGCAAGGCCUGGCCAGGAGGCCGGCGGCGCAGGGUGAAGCGGUGGCUCCAGCCUGCUGGCAGGGAUGUUCCCGGCCUCAAGUACCAGUGAGCACGAAGGCUGGAAUGGCGGGUUCCUGUGGUGAAGGUACUGAGCAUCUCGUGCGUUUGGAACUGCAGACUCCGAAAGGUUAAAUCUUCAUCUGUGGAACAUCAGCUUCAGUGACCCCCAAGUGCGAAAGGCCCCCCUUCUCUCCAGCUACACCAGCCUCAUCUCCUAAGGACCGCCCUCCCCACUUCAGACCCUUCCGUCCUCCCUUCGCUUCCCUUCACCCUCUGUGGACUCAGCCGCCUGCCCGCAGAUCUUUAUCCCCGACACCAUUGCCCAGACUCCCCCAAAGCAGCACUUCUGACCUGUUGUUACCUUGCUUGGGCAUAACCAACUGGAUAAAAUCCAGCCUCCUUCUUUGGUCACCCAACACCUUCUGCAAGCUCUCCCUAGCAUCCUCCUCCUCAGAGCUGCUGGAAUUCCUUAGCUGGCACUUUUGGAGUUCUUCGGUGUAAUUUUAUCUCAUCCGGUUUUCUCUCUUGUGAUUCAGAUGUGCUACCCCCGUUCCUGUACCUGUUGUUGCACCUAAGCUAAUCUUCCUUCGCAGAACAUCCCUGCAGCCCAUGGAGCUCUUUCCCAGCCAGGCAAGAUGGUGUAUGCCUAUAAUCCCAGCUCUCUGGGAGGCUGAGGCAGGAGGAUUGCAAGUUUGAUGCCAUCCUGGGCAAGUUAGUGAGACUGUGUCUCAAAAUCAGUUUUAAAAAAAGACUGGAGGGGCUGGGGAUUUAGCUCAGUGGCAUUAAGCACCUGCCUUGCAAGUAGGCGAUCGUGAGUUUGAUCCCCGGUACCGAUAAAAAGAAAAAAGAAAAAAAAAAAGGACUGGAAACCUAGCUCAUUGGUAGAACAUUUGCCUAUCAUGUGUGAGGCCGUAAGUUCAAUCCCUAGCACAAUCAAAAUAAAAACACCCCAGAUAUCUCUUUCCUAAAAUCCCUCAUCUCUUUUAGUUAGAUUCCUCAUCAACAUUUAAUUAUAAAUGGCCUUGUUUGGUGGCUUAAUUUCUCAACUGCAUUUGCCUUGAAACCAUCUAGAUAGCAGAGACCAUCGUAAGGCUUUUUAGGCAUUGAAGCAUCUGCUCUAAGCUGGUGUUCACCAUUUGUUAAGUGACCACGAAAAGUGCAGUGUGGAUCUUUUACUGCUGAGACAAAUAGGGAGGCUGAGCCUGUGAAACCUGUGUGUUAGCUUCCUGAAUCCGUGACAAAAUACCUGAGGAUACCAGAGGGGAAAGAAAGGCUUGCUUUGGUUUCAGAGGUUUUACUCCAUGGUCAGAUGACUCCAUUGCCUGUGGUCCUGUGGUGAGGCAGAAACAUCAUGUUAGAAGGGUUCAUGGCAGCCAGUAAGCAGAAGCCGCUAUCGAGACUCCAGUCUCUGGUGCGAGAGCCAGAGAAGAAAAGCCUAGGGACAGGAUACAGUCCCCAGGGGUGCAGCCAUGACCCAUUUUGUUCAACUCUGUCCCACCUCCUGAAUCCCACUCCUUCUGAUAAUGCCAUCAGACUCUGAAUCUAUCAGUGGGUUAACCCACCAGUGAGGCCAGAUGCCUUCUAAAAGCCCCACCUCUGAACAUCACUGCAUUAGAAACCAAACCUUCAACACAUUUAACAUUCAAACCAUUGCUGGACAUGGUGAUACAGUAUGUAAUUCUAGUACUCAGCAGGUUAAGGCAGGAGGAGUACAAGAUCGGCCUAGGAGCCAGGCAUGGGGAUAUGCCUGUUAUCCCAGCACUAGGGGAGGCUGAGGCAAGAGGAUCACUGACUUCAAGGCUAUCCUAUGCUACAUAGUGAGUUCGAGGCCAGUCUGAACUACAUAGUGAGACCCGGUCUCAAAACACAAAACAUCAAACAAAAAAAGACCACCCUAGGGGGCUGGGGAUUUAGCUCAGCGGCAUAAGCGCCUACCUUGCAAGCAGGCAGUCGUGAGUUCAAUUCCUGGUACUGAUAAAAAGGAAAAAGACAAAAAAAAAAAAGACCACCCUAGGCUACACAGUGAAUUCAAGGCCAUCCUGGACUAUAUAGUGAAAAUUUGUCUUAAAAAAAAAUCACAUAAAAGCCAAUUCAGCAACAUCUAAUUCACAUUUGUGAUUGGAUAUGAAAUUAGCCCAUUUCUAAAUCCCCAGUGCUAGCAGAGAUAAGCUCAGCUUUAUUGUGUCUCCCUUAAAGACUUCCCUCCCCACCUCGGGUAGGGAUGAAUGAAUGCACUGGGACACCUCAGACUGGAUGUUACUUAUGGAUCAACCCUGCCUGGUACAGACCCCACAAAGGUAAAGACUCUCUUAUCUGCCUGAUAACACCAGGUCAUCCCUGGCCCUGCAGAUCGGUAAGGGAGAGUUUGCUCCCUAGAGGAAGCCAUUUAGGGGCAAAGCCAAUUGGUAUGGGCAGCGGAUUGACUGUUCUUGUGAUAUGUAUUCAUUUUGGAGGUUUUAAUUAACUGGUGAGAUUGUGCUGAACCAGCCCCACUCUGGAGCCAGCAGAGAGAGACAGGCAAGAAAUUUGUAGGUCAUAGCUGGAGCCUUAGAAAACAGGCAGGAGGUGAGCCCUGGCGUGAAGAACCCGCACCCAGAGAACUCACGUUGCUGUCCCAUCCAGGGCAGAGGGAUCAUUCCAAACUGGCUGCUCCAUUCCUCGUGCUCCUGAAUGGGUCACUUACAAGUGUUGAAUUGGCUGAAUAUGAGUCAGACAUACUCUCUGUAGCGAGUACCUUUUAAAAUAUUUGAAUUAGUUGUCAACUCUUAAAAAUUAGGAGAUUUUACCUGAAGGUCUGGAUUUCUGGCUUUUGAUGAUAGGCCACUUGGCCACCUCGGGCCCUCUCUCCACAGGGAGAGGAUCCUCCUUGGGUCACCCCACAGCACCAUGAACCCAUUUUUGUUUGCUCAGCCCUGCUUAUUUUCCCUGAUCUGAAAUGCUACAACUUUGGGGGUGAAGGUAGGAUCGAUCCUGAAGUUUGGGCAGGUCCAGGUUCCCUGAUGCCUCUGGUUAUGAACAGGUGGCCCAGAGCUCCCCAGGCCCGUGAUUCAAUAGGGACAAAGCAUUUUUUCUUGUAUUCAACACCAGUCCCUAAACUUCGGUCACUGGGUGCUCUGGAAGGAUGGGCACGGGCACAUGAUACCACACUCUGGGUGAGGGUAACUGGAGCUCACUGAGCACUUUCAGCCAAUCACUAAGCCUCCUAAGGAUCCUUGUAACAACCUGAUGCUGGGCUAGGGACACUGAAGUUUACAGUCUCACAACUUGGUGGCAAAAUUGACUGGCUGACCCCUGAGCCCUCCUUUACCCCAUCUGGCGGUAACAGCCGUAAUUGGGCCCUCAGGCCAUCUGAAGGUCAACGCUACUGUGGGUUCAGUAAGUAUUCCAAAGUCAUACACUUGUAUCUCAAACACCCUAAGAUGAUUUCUGAAGCAAUAUGAAAAAGCUGGGUGUUUGUGCUGCUGCAUGGGAGCAGGUGAAGCAAGUGUGCUGGGGUGUGGCUCAGUUCUUUGGCCAGGGGUUCAGGGGUCAGGCAAGAUCUUCACCCCUAAGACUCGUGAGAAGAGCAGGUUACAGAUUGCUGCCCACCCUAUAAAUUUGUUGAUGCUUAAAAAGUGAUGGAAAUUAACCCAGAUGUGUUUAGACAACACAUAAUUCAUUUUUUACUGUUUUUGGUUUGGUUGGUUUUUUGAGACCGCAUGUCACUGUAGUGCCUGCUGGCUCUGAAGUCACUGUGCAGCCCAGGCUGGCCUUGAACUUCUGACACUUUUCCUGCUUCAGACUCCUGAAUGCUGGGUUACAGGCAUAUACCACAACUCCUGGCAUUUUUUACUAGUUUUAAUUAUCAUUUAUCUUAAAGCUUUUCCAAGAUGUAAAAGCGUUUUCAGCAGGUUCUAACUUUCUUCCUAACACUUUCCUCUCCCCACCCUCCUUCACUUUACUCACCCAAGUCUAGCACCAGCUUUUUAAAGAACUAGGAAACUACUGGGAUGCGGUUAGUGGGGUUUAGGAGGUCAGGAAAACAAAGGUGUAAAUGGGGGUGGGAGGUGGUUUGGCGUCAAAACACCGGAAUUUACAAGGUUGCAGUAAAAACCAUAUGCAGCUUUUGCAAACAGUCUUAAUGUCAUCAGCGCCCCACUGCGGAAUUAAAGCUAAGCUUGGCACAAUUGUAAGCACCUUCUUUAAACCAGCCUCUUUAUAUUUGAUAAUUAUUCUUUUCUCCUCUCGCCACUGGAAAGGUUGUGCUGCCUUCGUUUCAGGGUGUCCCUUUUCCAGCGAUCAGCCCCUUGGCGUGCAGCAGGAGCUGGAGGAGGUCUGUCCGGCUCUCCUGCCUUGUAGGAUGCCGGUGCAGCUGACGACAGCCCUGCGUGUGGUGGGCACCAGCCUGUUUGCCCUGGCGGUACUGGGUGGUAUCCUGGCAGCCUACGUGACCGGAUACCAGUUCAUCCACACAGAAAAGCACUACCUGUCCUUCGGCCUGUAUGGGGCCAUCCUGGGCCUGCACCUGCUCAUUCAGAGCCUGUUCGCCUUCCUGGAGCACAGGCGCAUGCGCCGGGCUGCGCGGCCGCUGAAGCUGCCUUGCUCCAGGCGGCGAGCUGUGGCGCUCUGCAUCGCUGCCUACCAGGAGGACCCUGACUACUUGCGCAAAUGCCUGCGCUCAGCUCAGCGCAUCGCCUUCCCCGACCUCAAGGUGGUCAUGGUGGUGGAUGGCAAUCGCCAGGAGGACGCCUACAUGCUGGACAUCUUCCAUGAGGUGCUAGGCGGCACCGAUCAAGCGGGCUUCUUUGUGUGGCGCAGCAACUUCCAUGAGGCGGGUGAGGGUGAGACGGAGACCAGCCUGCAGGAGGGCAUGGAGCGCGUGCGGGCGGUGGUGCGCACCAGCACCUUCUCGUGUGUCAUGCAGAAGUGGGGAGGCAAGCGCGAGGUCAUGUACACAGCCUUCAAAGCCUUGGGCGACUCUGUGGACUACAUCCAGGUGUGUGACUCUGACACUGUGCUGGACCCAGCCUGCACCAUUGAGAUGCUUCGAGUCCUGGAGGAGGAUCCCCAAGUUGGGGGAGUCGGGGGAGAUGUUCAAAUCCUCAACAAAUAUGACUCAUGGAUCUCCUUCCUGAGCAGUGUGCGGUACUGGAUGGCCUUCAACGUCGAGAGGGCCUGCCAGUCCUACUUCGGCUGUGUGCAGUGUAUUAGUGGGCCCCUGGGCAUGUACCGCAACAGCCUCCUCCAGCAGUUCCUGGAGGACUGGUACCACCAGAAGUUUCUAGGCAGCAAGUGCAGCUUUGGGGAUGACCGGCACCUUACCAACCGAGUCCUGAGCCUUGGCUACCGGACUAAGUAUACAGCUCGCUCCAAGUGCCUGACAGAGACGCCCACCAAGUACCUCCGGUGGCUCAACCAGCAAACACGCUGGAGCAAGUCUUACUUCCGGGAGUGGCUGUACAACUCUCUCUGGUUCCAUAAGCACCACCUCUGGAUGACCUAUGAAUCGGUGGUCACAGGUUUCUUCCCAUUCUUCCUGAUUGCCACAGUCAUACAGCUUUUCUACCGAGGUCGCAUCUGGAACAUUCUCCUCUUCCUGCUGACAGUGCAGCUGGUGGGCAUUAUCAAGGCCACCUAUGCCUGCUUCCUUCGAGGCAAUGCGGAGAUGAUCUUCAUGUCCCUCUAUUCCCUUCUCUAUAUGUCCAGCCUCCUGCCAGCCAAGAUCUUUGCCAUUGCUACCAUCAACAAGUCUGGCUGGGGGACUUCAGGCCGGAAAACCAUUGUGGUGAACUUCAUUGGCCUCAUCCCUGUGUCCAUCUGGGUGGCAGUUCUUCUUGGGGGCCUGGCGUAUACUGCUUAUUGCCAGGACCUGUUCAGUGAGACUGAGCUAGCUUUCCUUGUUUCUGGGGCCAUCCUCUAUGGCUGCUAUUGGGUGGCCCUCCUCAUGCUGUAUUUGGCCAUCAUUGCUCGGCGAUGUGGGAAGAAGCCAGAGCAGUACAGCUUGGCUUUUGCUGAGGUGUGACACAGCCCCCAACUAGAGUGGGAAAAGUGCAAUGGGUAAGGGAGGGAAGGGGGAACGAAAGAGAAAAGAUAGGGUUGGGGGGAGGAGGGAGUACAGUGUUUUAGUUUAAUGGUCCAAAGGGACAAAUCUAAAAUGCAAAGAAUGAUGACUGCAGUAUGGCCUGGGCUGGGCAGUUCUGCUCAGAGGAGGUGACACCGAUUUUCAGGCUCAGGGCAGGGGGUGUUUGUGUUUUCAGGCUGCUUGUCUGUUUGGCCUCUGGAAAGGAUUCUGCCUCCUCUCCUGGGGUGCAGAGAGAACUCAGAAAGGUGCCAAACCAAGUGAUAGUUCCAUUUUGUGGCAAUUUCUGAUAAGCAAGCAGUGACUUCCUGUGGGAACAGUUUCCCCUAGCCCAUGUGAACAUAACCAGAGGUGGUAGAAUUUCCACUGAGAGAUCUGAGCCAAGAAUGUCCCCUCCCUUACCAACAGAUCAUCAAUGCAGUUAAGAUUGUGCCUGAGAUACGAUGAGGUCCAGAGGCCUGAUCUUUGGGUAUCAGAAACAGGGUCCACGAAUGGUGCUUUAUGUGACCUAGCCACUCUACAUCUCAGUGUCCUAGGGAUGAGCCAGACUAGGAGUUAGCACUGAACUGCUUUUUUACUUUUUAUUGUUUUUGUAGUAGUGGGGCUUAAACCCAGGGCCUUCACAAUGAGCUACAUCUGCCCUACCCCCACCCCAUUUUUAAAAUUUUGAGACAGAGUCUCUAAUUAUUGGGGCUGGGUUUGAAUUUGUGAUCCUCCUGCCUCAGCCUCUCAGAGUGCUGGAACUAUUAAGGGUGUGGCACCAUACCAGCUGACACUGAAUUGCUUUUUUUUUUUCUGCCUUUUUUGAGACAGGGUCUUACUGUACAUUUCAGGCUGUCCCCGAACUCACUAUGUAGCCCAGGCAGGCCUCAAACUUGUAGCAAACCUCCUGCUUCAGUCUCCUGAGUGCUGGGAUUAUAGGCGUGUGCCAUCAUGCUUGGUUUAGAACCGCUUUUAAAAGUGCGUAUUAAAGAGGAAGGUUUGCCAGGAAGAACAAAGAGAUUGUGGUGGUGCUAAACACAUGGAACCCUUGGAAUGAAAGUGUUCCACUUGGAAACUGGUCAGACUUCUGGAUGAAUUCUAAACUUGUUUGUGGUGAUCACUGCUGAGCAGAUAAGAUGUUUUAGCCAACUACCACAACGAUCAAACCCCAAGAUACGAAGCCAAGUCUUAAGUAUUUUAACCUGUACACUACUGGAUUCCUCUCAAAUUCAGCUCUGACAUUUUAUCCUCCUUACUUCACUUUCUUCAAAGACUCAUUGUUUGGGGUGAGAAAGUGGCAGUCACCUCUAUCAUUGCCCUGGCUACUAUUGUUAAGGUGGUAACUGGGGAAGAGUUUAGGCUCUUUCAAGAAGCUGCAACAGGCAAGCCUGCCCUCUGCACAUGUGAAAAGAAUAUUGGGAGCUUCUCUGUAGAUUGACUGCCAUCUUGGAAUUGGACAGACUCGCUGGCAGCUGGUUAACAUGUGUGACUUUCAGGCUACUAUUACUGACAAUCACCCCUAACUGAAAGCUUUUCAAUGUUGCCAAAGUGAACCCUCAAAUUGAAGCUGGCCAUCUGUGAGACUACCCGUUCUCCUCAGUGGCUUCUCUAGGGAAUUUUUUUUUUUUUUUUUUUUUUUUUUUUGUGGUCCUGGGAUUAAACCAAGAGGUCCUGUGCCCCUGAGCUCCCCAGCCAUUUUUAUUUUUUGAGUCUUGCUUAGCUCCAGGCUGGCCUCACAUUUUGUAAUCCUUCUGCCUCAGUCUCCCACACAGCUGGGAUCAGAGCUGUGUGCUACCACACCCAGCUUAUCUAGAGAAUUCAUAAAGCCAGGAUGUGGAUAGUUGCUACUGAAUUUGCUUGCUUCUGUCCAGAAACUAAACUAAGAGAUAUGACUUGUUCCUACCCUCUUAAGAUUCUUGUUUUCUCAUACCCCUUAGGGCUGUUUUAAUUUCCCUCUGCUGCUUUGGGAAUGGGGGAGAACAAUUUUUUCUAGAGACUUGCAAUACAGACUGCUCAGCUUCUGGGUUUGAAGCCUGGUGUUCUGUUAAGCCCUUGACUUAGGAACUGCUCACUUUCCAAAUGUCCUUUUUCAGAGGGACCAACUAACCCCUCAAAAUCAGCCCUAAGUUGGAGAGCAGCUGAGAAGGAAAACCUUAGUGUACCUGGUGCUUCCUACAAAGGAACCACAUGUUCUUUGAACCACAGAUGGACAAACCCGGACACUUUCCUCUCACUUCCAUGAACUCGAGGUUUUUCCAGGCAGAGCCAGAAGCUGCCACAUCACACAGACCUCAGCUUCUAGUAACACUGCUGGUUGACUGUCAGGCCCAACAUACAAUAUUUGGGAAGCACGGGCAUUUGCUAAAGGCAGCUGUUCCAGGUUCUUCUGUGUGUCUGCUGGCCAAGAGAUAAACUGUUUCAAGCACUACAGUGGAGGAAGUCCAGUCAGCCAACUGCAGAGGUUAGACUUCACUAAGGGCUCACUUUUCUUCAGCAUUGACUUGAAGGCUGAUGAACUCCGAAUGAGAAACUCCUGGCUCUCCUACCAUCAGCUCUGCCUUGCACUGUGGUUAUCAACGUUCCUCAAAUCAAAAGAUGGCAGGCACUGAUAGUGAGUGCACAACAUUUGACCUUGUCUGGUUUUUCUAAGUUAUUUUGUAUAUUUCAGCAGCAAAACCAAACUGGGUCUUCAGCUUUAUCCCUGUUUCUUGUAAGGGAAGAGCCUUUAUACAAUUGGACACAUUUUGGUUUUUCUUCAUUGAGAAUUUUAACCCUUUUAUAUUUCUAUAAUCACUUGUAAACAUAUUUAUUUUUACCUGACUUUUUAAUAAGGAGGGAAGUUUAACAUUAAAGUUGGGGAGGGGAGCAGAAGGGGGGCAGCUUUACUUGGCGAUGGUGUCCACAUUCACUUUUGCCACUUCUACCGAGCAUCUGGUGUGGAAUCUUCUGGGCCUUCUGCUCAUCCAGGAGUAACAGCACCGUGCUCGGGGGCACGUCACUGGAGCUCAUCCACUUCUGCAGCGUCUUCUUCAUGUGCUGCUCCGUCUUCACCUUACCUGAGCCCUUCCUGGGAACUUGGGGGACAGCUUCCGGAAAGCCACCUUGGGUGUGAAUUUCUGGCCCAUCUGGUCAGGUAUUCAGUCUGAAGUGGGCCUCAAGCAAUCUUUCUCCUUGAAGUCCUAGGUGAAGUCAUGGUACUCUUCCCACCUGCUGUGCUUGUCCUUGAUGGCCAUCACGUCCUUGAUAUAGUAUAUAGCUGAGGGCAGGGACUUGUUGGGGGCCUUCACCUGGAUCCCCUCCAGCACUGGCCACUAGCAGCCCUUUGUUUUGACACAGGGGCAAGGCUGUGGAGGAGGCAAAAAGUCCUGCUUCUGCUUCUCAUUCAGGCUGGCCAUGUUCUAGCCGACAUUCUCUUCCCUAUCCAUGUUGGAGUUGCCGCUGGCCGAGCACUCCUGUCUUGUUCAGAGCCCACAGCCUGCUCCCAUUCUCCAAUUGCUGGCUAUCCCGCAGCUGGGGAUUCCCCAAGAUGUGGCAAACCUGAGCUGGCUGAACAUAGUAACCUCCCCUUCAGCUCAGGAUCUUCCUCCCAGUUCUGCUGGUGAGAUUCAAGCAUCUUCAUAAUUUCCACAACCUCGCUGCCCACAGCUGGCACCCAUUCUCCAGCUGUUUCUGCAUCUCGCCCUUGUCACAUACAAGUAUGUCCAUGUUCUCCAUGCAGCUGUGGUCCUACAGCAGAGGCUGUGCCAUGAACUCUCCUCAUCCUGCGCUGCCUCCCCGAUUUGGGGCACACAGCUCCCGCCCCAAUUUUGCAUUCUGGAACCAAAGUCCCCAUCCUGAAUUGGUCCCCAGGCUGUAACAAGUCAUUUGCGAACAUUACCACGUCCUUCAGAUUUUCUUCAUCCUGCAUGGUCCUUCGGAAGGUGACCAUCCAGUGGGAGGCAUGCAGGGGUGCAGCUGCAGCAUGGCCCAGCUCUUCCUGCUCACGUUCCCACAGGCCACUGGCCAUGCUGCCCUGAUUCAAACUGGAGGAGGAUGGCCACUCCCCUCUAGUGCCUCACCUUAGUUGGCCAGGACAGAAUGAAGUGUUUGCUGUUACAAGUCCUUCAUGCUUAUUCUCUGCAUAGGGCAGAUAGACUGCUGAUUCCACAGCUCCAUGUUCUCUGCCCACUCCUAUCCCCCAGGCUUGUGUUCACCAGCACAUCCUCCUCCUCCUGCAGCACACUGAAGCCCUUGAGGGUGAGGACCAGACUCCCUGCUUGGAAGAAAUCAAUAGCAUGCUCUACUGUGAGCUCCUGAGCACUGUUCAGGCCCCACGUCUGCCAAAACUCCCCCUCCAUCAGUAUACUGAUGCCAAAUUUUUGGUCUGGUCCUCCAUGAACCUGGUCAAACCCUCCUCCUACAGUGCUGACUUCUUUCCACCCAGCAUAUAGUGUUGACAACUUUGGCAUCAACUUCUCCCAGUGUUUUUAUCUUCCCCGACUUUUGGUUCAGCAAGCGCUUUUCCUUGGCAGCUGCCCAUUUCUCCUGUUGCUCCUCUCACUGUCAGACUACAGAGCUCAUGACAUCAGCUGCCAUAGGCUCUGCCCUGGUGCCUGGCUCUUUCUCUGUGGUCUUGACCUCCAAGGGUUUCAAGCCCCAACUCUGUCUUGAGCUCACUGGCCUCCUAGAUGCUGAAUGUAGCGUCUCCUGAGCUUCUUUGGGAGUUGACAGCAGCCUCGUAACUGUCUUUCACUCUUCCUACUUUGCCCCCUGCCUAGAAGGCUCAGGUUGGCUGCCGUUAUGCCAUGGGUGCCUCUAUGGGCCUUGGCUCCUUCCUGCACCACCUGCUCUUGUACAAGUCCUAGUGCUCCCGGUUCUGCUUAUAGCCUUCAAUGCUCCACUCGGGUGCUUGUUUUCCCUUCUGUGCGCUGCAACCCCUGGGCUGCCUAUCUCUGCGGUGCUUUUGGAACAACCCCAUGGUGCUACCUCUGCCCAGUACUGGUACCUCUCCCUACUAUUUCCAGGAUACAUGGCAGCUGCUGUCCUAUUGCCGCAAACCAAGCGUGGCUACUUCUAACAGGAGUCUUUUUUAACUUUUCAGGUCAAAAUUUUUAUACUGCACUUAUUUGUCAAAAUAAAAAUUGUCACAUA